UCCCAACAACCGCCAACCAAUUUUGUGCUCUGGGCUGUGCUCUCCACACGUUUCUCUCGCUCGCAGCUUUACUAGGCCAACCAAACCUGCUCCAACUUUCCCCGCCGAGUCAUUCACCGGAAAAUCCACCUACUCCGUCGAAACCGGUUUGGAGGUAGAAAGAAUGGAAUUUUUCUUCAAGUCAUUGAAUGAGGAGUCACGUGACUGCUCCUUUGAUGAGCAGGACAUCCAGAAAUGUCCAUUCUUGAGGAACGUCAGCAAACCAACCAAUUUCUCUUUCUCUUCGCUGAACCUCUCUCUUCACGUAAGAGGAUCCAAAGGACCAAUAUUUGAAGAUGGCCCCAGCUUCGAGACGGCCUUUAGACUUUUCCAUGGAAAAGAUGGAAUUGUCCCACUAUCUGGGAAGCCUCAGCUGCAAUUUGAGAAAAUUGAAGCGGAGCCUGCACCUAAAUUUGACCCUUUGGCUGCCAAAGCUGCGACCAUCAGUUUGUCAUCAUUUGGACCAGGUGGUCCAUUCGGUUUUGAUUUUUUCUCAGAAAAAUGGAAAAAGCAGAAAAAGAGUUCAGGAACAUCUAAAAAGAAGAAUUCACAUCAAGGAGAUCCUUCAAAACAUGAGGCACUGGGAAAUGAAUGGUUGGAAACAGGCAAUUGUCCAAUUGCCAAGUCAUACCGUGCUGUGAGUGGUGUCCUCCCACUUGUAGCAGCAGCUCUCCGGCCGCCACCCGGAAUCAAGCUUAAAUGUCCACCUGCAGUGGUUGCAGCGAGGGCUGCCCUUGCAAGAACUGCUCUUGUCAGGACUCUUCGGCCACAGCCACUAACUUCAAAGAUGCUCGCCAUUGGUGCUUUGGGCAUGGCAGCUAAUGUUCCGUUAGGCAUCUGGAGGGAACACACUAAGAAGUUCUCAUUAUCAUGGUUUGUUGCAGUGCAUGCUGCAGUCCCAUUUAUAGCCAUGCUCAGGAAGUCUGUUGUUAUGCCCAAGACUGCCAUGGCAUUAACCAUUGCAGCUUCUGUCUUAGGCCAGGUUAUUGGUUCAAGAGCAGAGCGCCUUCGAUUGAAAGCCAAUGCUGAGAACGUAAAGAUGACAGCACUGAUAGUUCCAGCUAGUGUUAGUACUGGUUAUAACCUACUGCAGGCUGAUGGUGUACCCUCUGCUCAUUGUGGUAAGCAAGAGUUUAUGAGAGAUCAACUCCCCGACAAGGAUAUUAGCAUAUCUUCACCAGCCAGUGUCUGUUUCUGAAGUGGCACGGCAACAAUCUAGUAUAGUUACAUAAAUAAGAAUGGAGUAUUGCAUAUGCUAAGACAAUGUACUAAGAUACAAGUAAAUUGGACUUGGAAACUAUGAUGGCAAGCGGAUAAUGUGCUAUUUAUGAGAAUAAAAUAUGUAAUUUGUAUGCCGCGUGUGAUAUGAUGUUUUUGGUUGUUAGGAUAGGAUAAACUAAGACUUGAAGGUGUGCUGCAGCCUGUCAUUGUAUUGCUUUAAAGCAAUUAGUGCUUUGGUGAUUUUAUCU